AUGAGCCCUCACGCCACGGGAGAGGCCGCCGUUGGCUCGGGCGAGCCGCGGCAGAAGAGCAAGGCGACGCCCGACUCGCUCAUCGUGGGCUGCAUCGCCAUGGUGGAGAAGGAUGGACAGCCGCGGCGGGCCGAGAUUCUGAGCAUCAAGGAUACCAAGAGCGGCCGGCAGUUCUACUGCAAUUUUGACAAUUUCAACAAGCGUCUGGACGAGUGGGUUCCGCUCGCCCGCAUCGACCUCACCCAUGACGUUGAGUGGCCCAAUCCGGACAAGGACAAGCCCAAGGAGAAGGCCACCAAGAAGAUCGCUGGUGCCGCCGCCCAGUCCAAGAAGACUGCGCAGACCAAGAGGGCCGCCGCUGCCGCUGCCGCUGCAGCCCAGAAGAGGCCCGUUGGGAAGCGGGAGCAGUCGGUCGUCUCCGAGGCUGGCGCCAGCCAUCCAUGGACUGAGUUUGUCGAGUCGCAAUCGCAGCUCAAAACUCCUUCGUCAGAAACCCCAGUGUCUGCGACUCCAGCGGAUGAGUCCGAGGACAAGCUGGCUUCGGCCAUCGCUGGUCUACCACCGGCUGCGGUGGCCACCCCAGCCAGCGUGGAUGAUAUGGACGUCGACGGCGAUGACAAAACCAUCGGCGGGGUGGGAGCAGAUGGCCGAAAGAAGGAGAGGCAGCCGUCUUUCAGCCGCGAGGAAGAGAUUGAAAAGCUGCGCACGUCCGGAUCCAUGACGCAAAAUCCAACCGAAAUAUCGCGUAUUCGAAACAUAUCCAAGGUUCAGUUUGGUCGAUACGACCUAUUCCCGUGGUACUUCUCUCCAUAUCCAGAGGCUUUCUCAAUGGAGGACUGCAUAUCAAUAUGCGAGUUCUGCCUCUGCUACUACGGAGACGUCAAAUCUUUCACGCGCCACUGCCGCAAGUGCACGCUCCAGCAUCCGCCAGGCAACGAAAUUUACCGGGACGAGUACGUUUCAUUCUUCGAGAUUGAUGGGAGGCGUCAGCGGACAUGGUGUCGUAACCUAUGUCUGCUGUCCAAGAUGUUCCUCGAUCACAAGACACUGUACUACGACGUGGAUCCCUUUCUCUUCUACGUCAUGACGACCAAGGACGACAAGGGCGACCAUCUGGUUGGUUACUUCUCCAAGGAGAAGGAGAGUGCCGACGGAUACAACGUGGCAUGUAUCUUGACGCUACCGCAAUAUCAGCGCAAGGGUUUUGGUCGGUUGUUGAUACAGUUUUCGUACGAGCUGUCAAAGAUUGAAGGCAAGCUAGGCUCGCCCGAGAAGCCGCUUUCGGAUCUGGGUCUGCUCAGUUACCGACAAUACUGGGGUGAAAACAUCAUGGACCUCCUCAUCAGCUUCCACGAGCGCGAUGAGCGCUGCAGCAUCGAGUCCAUCGCUGCGCAGCUCUCCAUGACCACGGGAGACGUCGAGCAUACACUGCAGGCUCUCAGGAUGCAGAUAUAUCACAAGGGAGAACACAAGAUUGUCAUACCUGAAAAGUUACUACAGCAGCGUGAGAAGUCAAAACAGAAACAGAAGCGAAUGAUUGACCCGAGCCGCAUCCAGUGGAAGCCGCCUGUGUUCAAUGCUUCCUCUCGCACAUGGGGCUGGUAG